CACCGGAGGGCGGAAGUGACGUAAGCCUUCCCGCUUGGCUCUGCUUCCAUCUCGGUCGCGAGCUCGCGACGUUCCCGAGUCUGGCUCGCACGGAUACCCGAGGCGGAUGAUGGCGGACGGAGUGGAUCAUAUAGACAUUUACGCGGACGUGGGCGAGGAGUUCAACCAGGAGGCAGAAUAUGGUUCACAUGAUCAGAUCGAACUUUAUGAGGAUGUCAUUUCUCCAUCUGCAAAUAAUGGAGAUGCACCUGAAGACAGGGACUACAUGGAUAACCUAGCAACGUCGGUUUCAGAUGAUGUGGGAAAAGGAUCAUCUUCAAAUUCAGCAUUUUCUUAUACUGGAAAAAGAAUAGCACUGUACAUAGGAAAUUUGACAUGGUGGACAACAGAUGAAGACUUGACUGACGCAGUUCACUCUUUGGGUGUCAAUGAUAUUUUGGAAAUUAAGUUCUAUGAGAAUCGUGCUAAUGGCCAGUCAAAAGGGUUUGCAUUAAUAUGUGUUGGAUCAGAGUCUUCAUCAAAGAAACUCAUGGAUUUGUUGCCAAAAAGAGAGCUACAUGGGCAGAAUCCUGCUGUAACACCUUGCAAUAAGCAGUUCCUUUCUCAAUUUGAGUCACAGUCGAGAAAAACAGCUACACAGGCUGGCCAAAUGUCCGGCGAAGGAAAAGCCGGACCCCCUGGUAUCAAUGCUCGCUUACCGUUUCCACCGGGCGGCAGAGGCAGGGGCCGGUUCCCACCCUCAGGUCCUGGUGACAGAUUUCCUGGACCUACUGGACCCGGAGGACCUCCUCCACCUUUUGCAGGUAUGAAUCCUCCAAGACCACCUAUGUGUCCACCAGGCCCACCAGGACCCCCUGGUCCUCCUCCUCCUGGACAGCCACUUCCUCCACCAUUAACGGGACCACCAAAUCGUGGCGAACGGCCACCUCCCCCAGUUUUAUUUCCUGGACAGCCAUAUGGCCAACCACCGCUAGUUCCUCUGCCACCUGGCCCCCCUCCACCUGUAUAUGGUCCUCCACCUGGGCCCCCUCCUCCUCAACAGGGUCCACCUCCACUCCCUGGUCCAUUUCCUCCUCGUCUUCCAGGACCUCCUAUGGCUCUUGGACCACCUCCACAUUUGCCAGGUCCACCACCAGGAGGUCCCCCACCAGCUCCACAUGUAAAUCCUAACUUCUUUCCUCCACCUGGUAACGCUGGUAUGCCUAACACAGAUGGCCGUGGCCCACCACCUUCAGAUCCAUUUGGUCGGCCACCUCCAUAUGACCGGGGAGAAUAUGGACCACCAGGAAGGGAUAUGGAUGUUUCGAGAACACCUUUAAGUGAAGCAGAGUUUGAGGAAAUCAUGAAUCGCAACAGGGCAAUUUCUAGCAGUGCAAUUUCCAGAGCAGUUUCUGAUGCCAGUGCUGGUGAUUAUGGAAGUGCUAUUGAAACUUUGGUGACAGCUAUUUCUUUAAUUAAACAGUCCAAAGUGUCAGCUGAUGAUCGUUGCAAAGUACUCAUCAGUUCUCUGCAGGACUGUCUUCAUGGAAUUGAAUCAAAGUCUUAUGGUUCAGGGUCUAGAAGACGUGAGCGUUCAAGAGAAAGGGACCACAGUAGGUCCCGAGAAAAAAGCAGGCGACACAAAUCUCGCAGCCGAGAUCGCCAUGAGGACUAUUACCGGGAAAGAAGUCGUGAACGUGAGAGGCAUCGCGAUCGGGAACGGGAUCGUGACAGGGAAAGAGACAGAGAGAGAGAGUAUCGUCACCGAUAAGCAGCUGAAAGAAGAGGAUCAUCUUUAAAGAUCACAUUUUCAUCUAAUGGAAAAGAAGAUACUUGGCCAUCAGUUUGCUUCAUAUGAUUCAACAACUCAAAGUUACGGAUAAAAAUGAGCAGAUCUAGAUGUGAAUAAAGCAAUUCUGCAAACAUGGUAACCAGUAGAUCUACUUUUAUUUUUUAUGUUGCAUAAAUGUUUUAUUUGAAGGAAACCUGUGACUUAAACCUUAUUAGCUCUUGCAACUUGGGUUUAUACAUUAUAUUUACAAUUUAUAAUGUACAAGCAGUUGGGAAAAAAAUGCUCUUUCUUGUUUUUAUAGUUGUUUAUUCCUGUUAAAAUUUUUGUGUCCUGAUAAUGUCUGUAAAUACCACCUCAAUUACAGUAGAUAUAGUGUUGUAAUAAACUGUUUAAUGGGGCUGAUGUGUAAAGCUGUUCAAGUUAUUUGCUGUUUACACCUCAGGGAAAGGUUUGAUUUUGGCAGUAUAUUCUUUUUUACAAAACAGAUUUUAUUCCACAUACACUGAAGUUUUUAGAGAUGCAUUGGCAUAGUUUCCUGUCUCAUUUAUUUAUUUACUAGAUAAACACAUUUUUAUUCAUUGUAUUUCUCGACCAAUAGCUUGGUUAUCGGUGGUCCUGUGUCAAAUACAAACUCGGUACAUUCAUUUGAGACCAGCCACGAUUGUGUCCUUAAAUGGUUAACCAUUCCAUUUUUGUUUUUGACUGUAUAUUGAAAAAUAAAAUGUUAGAAUAUUGCAAGAAAAUGGAAUGUCACUAUUGGUGUUGCAAAUUUGCUCUUGGCACAAAAAAAAAAAUCCAGAUUGGCUAACGCUUGACUGGCAGCUUGUCAUCUCAUUAAUUAUGAAAUUACCACUCCUCCCACUGUAAAUAAUGGGUGGUGGAGUUGACUUUCCUUUCUACCCAAAAUUAUUUUUCUUUCUGUGAAAGAUUUAUAGUAAAUUACCACUACAUUCUCAUGAGGCCAUGUAUGUUCACGAGUUUCCAAGACCUUUGGUGGCAUGAUCAUUUUUCAAACUGCUUGGUUACUGUUACUGUUCUGUUAAACAGGUUCUUCCAUUUAGUGGAGAAAGUAUUCUCUGCAAAAUAUUUUGUGAGUAAAAAAAAUAAAUUGGGAAUUUUUUUCACACUGUGUAGCAAGCCAAGGAAUGUUUAAUUUCUUAUGUGUCUAGGGACCCUACCAUCAGUGUUUGUUGUAAUCAACUAACAAAUUUUAUUUUCAUAAGGGAUUUUUUAAAAGUAAAAGCUCCCCGCCCCCACCCCUCUUCCCCCGGAAAAACAAAAAAUGUUCUAGUUUUUCUGACGUGUUUAAAGACUUUUUGCCUAAAAUGACAUAUACACAGGUAAGUAUUUCAUCAGUGUAUUUCUCAACUCUAGAAGUAUGUAUUAUAAUAUUUUUUUUUAAGAUGAACUGGUUUUGUAUCCUAUAAGCUGUAAAAAUAGGCUUUAUAAAACAUUGUCCUCCAAUUUGUUUUUCACUUUUAUGAAACUGAUUUUACAUGCAUGGCUAUUCAAAUCAAAACUGUCUGGAGCAUUGCUCUGUAAAUAUUCUUUUUACUGCUGAUUUAAAAAAAAUAACCUGUGAUAUGUGUACAGACUGAUGUCUAGAGUUAGGAAAUGUUGUUUAUGGACAAAAUGUCUUUUCUUUCUCUCCCCCCCUUAUCUGGCCACUCUGUAUUUUUUGUAGCUUACAUCUUACUGAUGUAAAUAACACCUAUGUGUUAUCAAGUUAAACUUUAUUUUCAUAUAUAGAGAUUUUAAUGUGGUACAAUUUAGCUAUUGCCAAAAUAUUGUAAACUGUGAAGUGCGUGAAUUGAAAUUUGCUCAUUAUUGUGAAGUGUUUUGUUUGUUUACCGGUCCAACUAAUUUAUAGACGCAUGUUUGGGUGUUUAGAUUUUAUUUUUAUUUUUUAAUGCUUGUUUUUAAUUAUUCUAAGCUUAAGCUGUGAAAUAUUGCUAUAAAUAAACUUUUUUUCAUCAUA